UUUGGAUAUUCUUUAUUAGAAUUUAUAAUUACAUAACACUUACAGCUAUAGUAAUAUAACUUAAUGUAUAUUAAUAUUAGUAUUAAUACAGUAGUCGUAGUGAUAGUGAAAUGACUUAUAAUUAAUGAUAACUUUUUAAACGAUGAAAACUGUUGUCAAUGUAUUGAACCGUCUUUUUAGUCGUUCGUUGUGUAGUUCAGUGACCACUAAUUGUGACAAACCGUCGGUCAAUGCAUUGAAAUCAUUUGACGCCAUUCCCGGACCCAAACCGGUGCCACUGUUUGGCAAUAAAUGGCGAUAUUUGCCAAUCAUUGGCGAGUAUAGAGUCGAUGAAAUGGAUGUCAACGGAGAGAUCCGACUCAAGAAGUUUGGAAAAGUUGUUCGCGAAGUACUCGACAAAGAUUUGACAAUUGUUCACGUGUUUGAUCCCAAAGACAUUGAGGCUGUCUUUAGACAAGAAGGCAAAUACCCAUUACGUCGCAGCCAUAGAGCUCUUCUCAAGUAUCGAAAGGAUCGGCCGCACAGGUAUGCAUCGGGAGGUCUGUUCCCUGAGAACGGACAACAAUGGUAUUCAUUGCGUAAACAAUUUCAACACCACUUACUGAAUGCAACAAAUGUCUCGACAUAUAUAGCCGAUUGUGAAGACAUCACUAUUCAACUCAUUGAUUACAUCCGCUCUAAACGAGACAUCAAUCAUGAAAUAUCCGACUUUCUUAACGAUCUUUAUCUGUGGUCACUUGAAAACACCGGUGUUUUGGCACUUGACUCACGACUCGGUUGUCUUAAUACAAAUCUUAGUGAAGACAGUGACGCAAAACUUAUGAUAAGAGCGGCACACGAAACAAAUGAUGCCGUAAUGAGAACCGAGAGAACAGAUGCGUGGUUUACAAAAGAUACUUCUGAUUAUCAAAUGUUGGUCUCAGCUCAGGACGCGAUGACUAAUAUUAUUGAUAAAUACAUGAAUCAAAAAACAAAUGAAUCGCUUAAUACAGACCUAAAGAAAGACAAAACAAUUUUUGCUCAACUCUUAAACAAUCCAAACGUUGAUCGCAAAGAUUUAUUUGCAAUGAUUGUAGACUUAUUUGUGGCCGGCAUUGACACGACAGCCUUUACCGCAGGUUUCGCUUUAUAUCACUUAUCGCGUAAUACUACGGCACAGAAUCGACUUCGCGAUGAAAUAAAUUCAAUAUUAAAAUCUGAUUGUCUGACUGCAGAUAAUUUAUCUCAAAUGAGUUAUCUUAAAGCUUGUGUUAAGGAAACAAUGCGAUUAUCUCCCGUGACCUUUGGUAACGGCAGAGUGACCAGUCAACAGAUGAUUAUCAAUGAUUACUGUAUACCUAAAGGAACGCAAAUAAUUACUCAGAAUCAGGUCUCGUGUCGUCAAUCGGAAUAUUUUUCGGAUCCGCUUUCAUUUAUUCCCGAGCGAUGGCUUAAAAGUGAUACAAAUAUUUAUCCAAACAAUAAAGUUUCGCCAUUUCUUGUACUGCCAUUUGGUUACGGCCCGCGUAUGUGCAUUGGCCGCCGAUUUGCCGAAAUGGAGAUCAAUGUAUUUCUGGCUAAAAUCAUACAAAACUAUCGAAUUGAAUAUCAUUACGAAGAUAUCAAAGUGAAAACACGACUAAUCAAUGUUCCCGACAAACCAUUGAAAUUCAAAUUUGUUGAUAUCAUUUGACUAAAUUUGAUUCAAAUACUCACUUAUUUUUUUUUAAAAUUGAUUUUUAAUAAUGCGGUCCAUAAAUAUACUUAUCAAACAAACUGUGUUAUAAUAAUUUUCUACCUCUAAACUAAUUAUGUGCCUAACAAUUAUUUAUAUGUUUGUUUUAUUUUAUAAAUUCAUC